AUGGCUAAGACAUUGGGGAGACUUUACACGGUACAUCCAAAGCAACGUGAGUGCUUCUAUGUACGUUUGUUAUUGGUGAAUGUUCCCGGACCAACGUCUUUUGAAUUUUUACGAACAGUUAAUGGUCCAGUAUUCAAUACAUACCAGGAUGCAUGUCGUGAACUGCAAUUGCUAGAAGACGAUAACCAUUGGGACUUAACGCUUGCCGAUGCUGCGUUGACAUCAACACCGAAUAACAUUCGUCAGUUGUUUGCAAUUAUUUUGACGACAUGUUAUCCCUCGCAAGCACAAACUUUGUGGGAAAAAUAUAAAAAUUGUAUGACAGAUGACAUCUUGCACCGAAUUAGACAAAUAAAUCAAUGCCAAAACAUAGAUUAUACACCAGAGAUGUACAAUGAAGCAUUGGUCUUGAUCGAGGAUUUAUGUGUUCUCUUAGUGUUCCUCUUAAUGUAA